GGUUACUGCGUGUACGCCACAAUUCACCUUCCCCUCCCUGUCGGCCUCGCGGUCAUCGCCAAUUUUCAGUCUCUCGACUCCAGAGCGACAUAGCUACUACUAUUCUCGGCACUGUGCAAGUUGGCCUGUGCCGCCAUAGCCGCCCUGAUAUCCAGCACUUAGAGGGGGGUAGAAUUGGAAUGAGGAUGGGGCAAGCAAUUCAGCGGGGACGUUGUUCUAGGCCGUUGUCGGCGGCUCGCCCAAUGUUCCUUUUGUUUGUGGUGUUUCUCAACUUGAUUGGGAGUAGUGGUGCCUGGAAUGGGGAAGUGCCAAGAAGGCCCAGGGGGUUUCCCGCUCGUGCAGAAUGUGGGGCAGACGUCGAUAUGGACAUCUUCAUCGAUCCGCUUUGUCCAGAUUGCAAAGCGGCCUGGCCAACGGUGAAGCGCCUCCUCAACGUCUACAGCACGGAGGAACUCAGCAUUCACAUCCAGCUUCUACCUCUCCCAUUCCAUCACUACUCGUACUACGCGUGCCAAGCAACAGUCGCUGCAGCGAGGCUGAACAGUUCUGCAGUGUUCCCAUGGCUGCAGACAAUCUUCCGGUAUCAGGAUUACUUUUCGACAGAGGCAACAUUUGCAGAGACAACGGAAUCGGUUCUAGAACGACUUGUAGGACUGGCUCCCCAUGCUGGACUGGAUACGAAGCAGUUCAGCUCAGCAUUCUACGAUUCUGAAGUAGAUCUUGACACGAGGUUGGCAUUCAAGUAUUCCUGCUCAAGGGGAAUGAUGGGAACCCCUUCAUUCCUGGUCAAUGGCGUUGAAGCCGGCAGCGGUGAUUGGAGUAUCAAGGAAUGGAAAGAACUGCUGGACCCCUUGAUGAGACGGAAAGGAGAUAGUCAGUAUGUUUAGCACCGAUGUGCAGGGACGAGAAGGGAAUGACGGAGAUGUGGCCGAAUAUCCCAGGCUCCCAUCGACAGAUGCAGGCUUUGUUGGAGUCAAGCAGAGAAGCAUUGAGGUGGGAAACAAUGAAAGCUACCCGGCAGU